AUGACGGACGAGACUGAGGAGGAGGCCACGAGGAUUGUCUUCGCGAACACUGACGACCUCCGCGACAGGAUCAUCAAGGCUGGCCACCUGCUGAAGGCGGCCGCCCAUGAGGGCAAGGCCGCGCUCCACAAGGUUUUAGAGCACCACCUCUCGGUGCUGACGAAGCAGCAGUUCACGAGCGUUUCCACGGACAGGAUGGAGAGCAACGCACAGCCGGGCGCAGAGGUGUCUGCCGACGUGUCCGAUACGGAGGUGGUGCGCACCAUCAUGGAGGACCUGGUACUCUACCUGGAGGAGCAUUGGGCCGACGAGGUGCGGGUCCUCAGGAGGAGGAAGCUCUAUCGGGCCAGAGCUCGCCUGCGAGCCCUCUCAAGGUUUACCAGAGGUUCCACCUCCUUCCGCGAGACUCUCACGAACGGAGCGAUGGCGCAGGCCCCGUCCAACGAGUGA